CUUGGCUUCUCAUGUCCUUUUUCCUGCUUUGUCAGCACCUAGCCUCACUAACAUAAGGGACCCCUAUGGCAUCGCGCUUUGCCUCUGCAGCAGGCCAACGGCUCCGAGAUGGGACUCCACAUUACAUGCUUCUACGCAAUUCCGGCGGCCUGCUUGACCCACACAAUCUUCGACUACUGUGGAGAAAUCUCGCCGUCAAUGGGUCCGUCGAUGCUGCCGACGCUGAGCAUGAUGGGCGAUUUGCUCAUGGUCGAACGCCUGCCGGGUUGGCGCAGCCGGCUCAAGGUCGGCGACCUGGUCACGUUCUACUCACCCAUCAGCCCCGAGCGCCGCGCUGUCAAGCGGCUGCUUGGCUUUGAGGGCGACACUGUGUGCGUGGACCCAACCAAGGACACGCUGUCGUAUGUACAGAUUCCAAAGGGCCAUGUGUGGCUGCAGGGAGACAACUAUUCGAACUCGACCGAUUCGCGCGUGUAUGGCCCGAUUCCAUUGGCGCUACUGCGCGGCCGCGUGCUGGCCCGGGUAUACCCGUCACCACGGUUCCUGACUGAUGGCGCCGAGAUCAUCCCUGGCCGGUUUGUUGAAUAGAAAACGCAAUACACUUUCAUUCAUUAGCAUUGACUACAAGUAAAACAAAGGAUAAGGUAA